AGUAACAUUAACCAUUAUGUUUAAUCAUUCAUUUUGUUUAUGGUUUGAAAUCUUGCAGUAUGAGCUGCCAAGCUUUUCAAAUGCAGAUCAGGGCUGGACUACUAGUGUUCGGAACCGACGUUUUCGAGCGAAAAUACUGGAAGGCAUCGCAUAUCAAAGGAAAAUUUCAGGGCAAAGUUCAUAGGAUGUUGCAGAAUACACAUGAUCAAUCACAGACCUUUCUCCAGUACAUGGCUUUUAAUGGGGAUGGGACCCUAUGGCCCUUCUUUUGGUUUGGACCUGCAUGUGCAGCCAUGUUCAUUGUGACGAUUUCGUAUCAAUCUUGCUCUUGUUUCGCAAAUUUUCUUACGAGAUUACACCCAAACUCCCAACCAGAAAACUAAUGUGGCGGCCUGCUGCAGGCUACAUCUUCAGCAUGCCUAUCAAACCGGUCAUCUCGACGACGACAUCCCACAUUGAGGCUAACCUCUGCUAGCCAGACUGCCAGAAUUGAAAUGCUUGUUUCUCGGUUCGUGCAGCAGCUGGCGAUCGAGAUCGUAAGUCGAGGGUAAGGGGAAUAUGGCUAUGGUUAUGGUUAUAACAAAGUAAAAGUAGCAGUUUUCAAGUAGUUAGGAGUGAUCUGCCUUACUAUGUUGUCUUCUUCACAAGAAGACUUGGGGACAAGAGUAACAUGGCCUUCCAUGUGCUAAACACAAGGACUAGUCCCUAUCAAACUCUCAAAACAAUAUCCCUUUUACUGCUUUGACUCAGCGAGUCACCCGCAUUCGGAUACGAACCAUACACCCAUCGUCCCGUUAUUUCUAGUUUAACAUAGUAUUAGAACAAAAGCGAAUCCUUGUGAUAUCAAUUCUUUUUUCCAUUGAUAUUGUUCGCCCAUGUUCGAUGUCGUGAAUCGAUGCCAUGGACCGAACUAAUAUUUGAGUCAGCAUGUCAAAAGAAGAGGUUCUUUUUUGGUCGAUUUAGGUAUUUUUACCAACUGUUUGUC